GGUGUAUAUGUAAGCACAUGUAACCUUCACAUUAAUUUCCUUUACUUGCCACCUAUAUGCUUCUAUCCGUUCAUACCCAAGACAUUAAACUCUCCCAUCUUUUCUCUCUCUUCAUAAUUUUUCCAUGUAACUGUUUGAUUAGCUUCAAAUCUACAUAACAACAUGGAGAUUGAAGCAGCAAGUGGUAGCAACAACAAAGGAUACAACAUGGAUGAGAGUGAUGAGGAAGCAUAUUGUGGCCUUAAUAGAGGAAGUUUCUUAGCAUGGGAAGAUCUAAGAGUUAUGUUGCCAAAUUUUGGGAAAGGACCAACCAAGAGGUUACUUAAUGGGUUAAAUGGUUUUGCUGAGCCUGGUAGAAUCAUGGCUAUUAUGGGUCCUUCUGGCUCUGGAAAAUCCACUUUGCUUGAUACACUUGCAGGUAGACUUGCAAAAAAUGUGGUAAUGACAGGAAAUGUUUUUCUCAAUGGGAAGAAAAAAACUCCAGGCUAUGGUUUUGUUGCAUACGUAACACAAGAAGAUGUGUUGUUAGGAACUCUUACAGUGAAAGAAACAAUAACAUAUUCAGCACAUUUACGUCUUCCAUCAACAAUGUCCAAAGAAGAAAUCAACGGCUUAGUUGAUGCAACAAUCAUUGAAAUGGGUCUCCAUGACUGUGCAGAUAGGUUAAUAGGUAACUGGCAUUUGAGAGGUAUAAGUGGUGGCGAAAGGAAAAGAACUAGCAUUGCACUUGAGAUUCUCACAAGGCCUCGGUUGCUGUUUCUUGAUGAACCGACUAGUGGUUUGGACAGUGCUUCUGCAUUUUUUGUUGUCCAAACUCUUAGAAAUGUUGCUCGUGAUGGAAGGACUGUUAUUUCUUCUAUUCAUCAGCCUAGCAGUGAAGUCUUUGCACUUUUUGAUGAUCUUUUCUUGCUCUCUGGUGGUGAAACUGUUUAUUUUGGUGAAGCUAAAAUGGCAAUCGAGUUUUUUGCUGAAGCUGGUUUCCCUUGUCCACGUAAAAGAAAUCCUUCUGAUCACUUCCUAAGAUGCAUCAAUUCUGACUUCGACGUUGUAACGGCUACACUGAAGGGAUCUCAAAGGAUUCCUGAUGUUCCAAAUUCAGCAGAUCCUUUCAUGAAUUUGGCUACAGCACAAAUUAAGUCAAUGCUAGUUGAGAGAUUUAAGCGUUCAACGUAUGCCAGAAGGGUAAAAGACAAGAUUCAAGAACAAUCAACCAAUGAAGGGCUUGAAACUGAGAUAAACCUUGGAAGCCAAGCUAGUUGGUGGAAGCAACUCAAAACACUGACAAGGAGAUCAUUUGUGAACAUGUGCAGAGAUGUUGGUUACUACUGGCUGAGGAUUAUGAUCUAUAUCAUUGUAUCUAUAUGUGUUGGAACCAUCUAUUUUGAUGUUGGCUACGGCUACACUUCCAUCUUGGCUCGUGGUGCCUGUGGUGCAUUUAUAUCAGGAUUUAUGACUUUCAUGUCAAUUGGAGGCUUUCCAUCUUUUAUUGAAGAAAUGAAGGUAUUUUAUAGAGAAAGGAUGAAUGGAUAUUAUGGUGUAGCAGCAUUUAUUUUAUCAAACUUUCUUUCAUCAUUCCCAUUCUUGGUUGCUAUUGCUCUUACUUCUUGCACAAUCACAUAUAACAUGGUGAAAUUCAGACCCGGAUUCAUUCACUAUGCGUUUUUCACUAUUAACAUCUACGGAUGCAUCUCAGUGAUUGAGAGUCUCAUGAUGGUUGUAGCUGCACUUGUUCCAAAUUUUCUCAUGGGAAUCAUUACAGGAGCUGGAAUCAUUGGAAUCAUGAUGAUGACCUCUGGAUUCUUUAGGUUGCUAUCUGAUCUUCCAAAACCUGUUUGGCGCUAUCCAAUUUCAUAUAUCAGUUACGGUGCAUGGGCGAUACAGGGUUCAUACAAGAAUGACUUGCUUGGUCUUGAGUUUGAUCCACUGCUCCCGGGUAACCCAAAACUGACAGGAGAAUAUGUGAUAACACACAUGUUGGGGAUUGAAUUAAGCCAUUCCAAGUGGUGGGACUUGGCAGCACUUUUUCUCCUUCUCUUAGGUUACAGGAUAUUGUUCUUUGUUGUUCUCAAGUUCAAGGAAAGAGCAUCACCAUUAUAUAGAAAACUUGCUGCCAAAAGAACCAUACAACAGCUUGAGAAAAGACCUUCUUUCAGGAAAAUGCCAUCUGUUACUACUUCCAGGAGGCAUCAACCACUUCAUUCACUAUCUUCUCAAGAGGGUCUUGAUUCUCCACUCCACACCUAGAAGAAGAACAACUACAAAGAAGAGGAAUAUAUAUAGUUAUAUAAUUGAAUUCUGCUGGAUUUUCAGAUAUUGAUUGGUUGCUUUCAUAUGACACACAAAAUUUGCAUUUGCUUUAUUAGUAUUAGUUUAUAUGUAUAGGGGAAAUGUUUCAUAACUGUUCCAAUUAAGAUAAGAAAAAUGGAACAUUUGUGUCCUUGGAUUACAUUUUUAAAAAAAUUAAAUUCUGAGAUUGAAUAAUGUCUUGUA